GUGGCUGAUUUAUGAAGAACCUGGAUUUCAGGGUGUGCCUUUUGUCCUGGAACCUGGUGAAUACCCCGACUUGUCCUUCUGGGAUACAGAAGAAGCGUACAUUGGAUCCAUGAGGCCUCUGAAAAUGGGUGGACGUAAAGUUGAAUUCCCUACUGAUCCAAAGGUAGUUAUUUAUGAAAAGCCUUUCUUUGAGGGAAAAUGUAUGGAACUAGAAACAGAAAUGUGUAGUUUUAUCGUGGAAGCAGGUGAAACAGAAGAAACAACAGAUGACAGUUUGCCAUUUAUGUCCGUGGGCUCGAUGAAAGUUCUGAGAGGAAUUUGGGUUGCUUAUGAGAAGCCUGAAUUUACAGGUCAUCAGUAUUUGCUUGAAGAAGGAGAGUACAAGGACUGGAAAGAUUGGGGAGGUUACAAUGGAGAACUUCAGUCUUUACGACCUAUAUUAGGUGAUUUUUCAAAUGCUCACAUGAUAAUGUACAGUGAAAAAAACUUUGGAUCCAAAGGUUCCAGUAUUGACGUCUUAGGAAUUGUUGCUAACUUAAAGGAGACUGGAUAUGGAUUGAAGACACAGUCUAUUAAUGUACUGAGUGGAGUAUGGGUAGCCUAUGAGAAUCCUGACUUCACAGGAGAACAGUAUAUACUGGAUAAAGGCUUCUAUACCAGUUUUGAGGACUGGGGAGGCAAAAAUUGUAAGAUCUCUUCUGUUCAACCCAUAUGUUUGGAUUCUUUCACUGGCCCAAGGAAACGAAGUCAGAUUCAGUUGUUUUCAGAACCACAGUUUCAAGGUCGCAGUCAAGGUUUUGAAGAAACAACAAGUCAGAUUGAUGAUUCGUUUUCUACCAAGUCUUGCAGAGUUUUAGGAGGCAGCUGGGUUGCCUAUGAUGGAGAAAAUUUCUCUGGUAAUCAGUACGUGUUGGAAGAAGGCCACUAUCCUUGUCUCUCUGCAAUGGGAUGCCCGCCUGGAGCAACUUUCAAGUCUCUUCGUCUUAUAGAUGUUGAAUUUUCUGAACCAACAAUUAUUCUUUUUGAAAGAGAAGACUUCAAAGGAAAAAAGAUUGAACUUAAUGCAGAAGUAGUUAAUCUCCGAUCCCUAGGAUUCAACACACAGAUGCGCUCUGUUCAGGUGAUUGGUGGCAUAUGGGUUACUUAUGAAUAUGGCAAUUACAGGGGCCGGCAGUUCCUCCUGUCCCCAGCGGAAGUCCCGAACUGGUAUGAGUUCAGUGGCUGUCGACAAAUAGGUUCUCUACGACCUUUUGUUCAGAAACGAAUUUAUUUCAGACUUCGAAACAAAGCAACGGGGUUAUUCAUGUCCACCAAUGGAAACUUAGAGGAUCUGAAGCUUCUCAGAAUACAGGUCAUGGAAGAUGUCGGUGCUGAUGAUCAGAUUUGGAUUUAUCAAGAAGGAUGCAUCAAAUGCAGGAUAGCAGAAGACUGCUGCCUGACGAUCGUGGGGAGCCUCGUGACCUCUGGCUCUAAACUGGGCCUCGCCCUCGACCAGAAUGUCGACAGUCAGUUCUGGAGCAUGAAGCCGGACGGCAGGAUCUACAGCAAGUUGAAACCGAAUUUAGUUUUAGAUGUCAAAGGGGGAACACAGUAUGACCAAAAUCACAUUAUCCUCAACACCGUCAGCAAAGAGAAGUUAACACAAGUGUGGGAAGCCAUGGUCCUGUAAACCUGAAGAAGGCAGGAGGAAUGCUCCUGGAGGUCUUCCAGCUGCUUAAAAACAAAAACGGACAGAGCCCCAAGGAAAGGGGACCUGCUGCUUCUGCAGGAGCUCUAGGUCCUCCCCUGAAUGACCCUGCCAUGACCAGGACUAUGGUCUCUUUUCAAAAGACUGUAAUAGUUUUAAACCAACCAUUUGUCCUUCUUUCAUUUCCUGCCUUUCAUUUCCUUUCGGUAGCUGCUUACCAGGUUGCCUCAUUAGCAGCUUUUGGGUGUUUAAAAAAAAAAAAAGUUGUAUCAAGACUGGACAUUUUAAAUUAUUUCCAAAGAGAGUGACAGGAGAGAAUAGGAACAGACUUCGAGUAGACUUUGUGGGCCUACCAAUGCCUUACACUUUACAGGGACGGACAAAAGCUCAAGUGUUAGCAUCUGAGAAGAAAUGUAUCAGGCCAAUAAUUUUGGUUCUUCGGUUUUCUGGGAUCAUUAAUUAUGCUCUAUAGUAAAGUGGUGAAAGGUUUAUCGAAUCAUUUUAAGGAACCAAAUAAAAUACUAUUUUGUUAGUAUUGAACAUUAGUAAGUGUACGGGAUUUCACGUCACGUCCGCUAACACGAGCAGGAUCUGGCUGAUUUUAACCCACUUGCGGGCUGCCCUGAAAUGUCACGAACGAGUGUCGCUUAACGCUUCUGUUGCGGAUGCCAGACCUGGUUUAUCAGUCCAUCCUCCCUCCUCUACAAUUCGUUCUGAAGCAAUGGCCUAUGAGCCUUUGCUAAGCUCAGGCCUGUCGCCUCAGGUGCUGCCCUCCUAGCCAGCCGCACCGGCGCGAGGCCUGCGCGGGCCGCCUCUGGUCUCCGCACCACGGCCCCCGUGGCCACACGGCCUCGGGCGGCAGCCAUGACACUUGGGGCAGGCAGUGGGGGCUGACCGGCAAUUCUCCAGAGCGUGAAGGAAAGGAGGCCUGGAGCGAUGCUUGUUCAAAUCGUAGGACUCAGGAAGCCCUAAAACGCAGCGUUUCAGUGAAAAAGGUUAAGAGUUUAACUGCUGACAACAUACUGGCCCACACGGUGCUACCCUUCAACCAGGGCCUUCUGCUAGAACCUCUUUGCAUAUGCUCGUCCUCAUUUCAUUAUCCUUGCUAAGAGUGGUGCUGUCAUCCCAGGAAGAACAAAUCUUGUUUCCUUUUUAUCUGUUGCAGGGUGUUCCCAAUGCUAAAACGUGCUCUCCUCUCUCGAGUCUUGGGUCGGCAGUUGUGGUCAGGAGCUUAGCUUCAGUUUUAAAGUAACGUUUGCACAUGUCCGACAGCUGCCAACAGGUCUGUCUGGUUCCGAGAUGUAUAGCUGGGACUUGAGGCCUUUGUGCGGAUCACUAGUGCGCGGGGGUCAGACCUCCUGCAAUCGCCGGUGUUGAAUUUCUCACCUGAAUAAACUUGUUUCUGGUUAACUGUA